AUGGUAAUUGGUGUUAUGGAGUACGGAACACAGUUGCUUUUUGUACAAACAGGCUUCUCCUUAAGGCCAGGGAAGAGAGCCAAGAGCAGACAGAGGAAGUCUCUCCAGCUUGCUCUAUCAGCAAUGUUUGGAGAAAAUACUCUGGUCCAAUUUGGAUCACAGCACAUGCUUGGAAUGGGAGGACAGAGGCCAUGUGACGUACGGCCCUCCCAGGAUCCUGGCCCAGGACAGGGGGCAGAGCAGGAUGUUAGGAGUUACAGUUCACUUAAAGAAUCAGAAGGACACAGUGGACGCGCCCCACCUCCCUGCGGCCUCCGGAGGUGGUUUGGCGGCCCCCUCCCCCUCCCCAGUGUCGCGAGUUGGCGCCGCUGCCAGCCCCCGCUCCGCGCUCUUGGCCCCUCGGCCGGGCGGUACCGAGCCCUCUCGGCGCCCCCUCUGAUCCUCCCUCCGACCUGCCCUUCCCCGCGGGAUCUGCACCCCCACCUUUCCCCCAGCCCUCUUCUCUCCCCGCCGAGCCGCGGCAGCAGCAGCAGGAGGAGGAGCCGGAGUCCGGAGGCGGCGGUGGCCGGGGAACCCAUGGCGUACAGUCAAGGAGGCGGCAAGAAGAAAGUCUGCUACUACUACGAUGGUGAUAUUGGAAAUUACUAUUAUGGACAGGGUCAUCCUAUGAAACCUCAUAGAAUCCGCAUGACCCAUAACUUGCUGUUAAAUUAUGGCUUAUACAGAAAAAUGGAAAUAUAUAGGCCCCAUAAAGCCACUGCCGAAGAAAUGACAAAAUACCACAGUGAUGAGUAUAUCAAAUUUUUGCGGUCAAUAAGACCAGAUAACAUGUCUGAGUAUAGUAAGCAGAUGCAGAGAUUUAAUGUCGGAGAGGAUUGUCCAGUGUUUGAUGGACUCUUUGAGUUUUGUCAGCUCUCAACUGGUGGCUCAGUUGGUAAGUUCUAAUUUAAUCAGA